UCUUCCACGCUGCGACAGAAAACAUGGCUGCGCUCUUGAGAUCAUCCCGGUUACUCAAGUUUUCGCCUUCGGGUGUGCUUCAGAUCACAUGCACUAAAAGAAACGGACCGACGCUUGGUCGGCUGUACAGCGGGGCUCUCGGCGGCAGAAGGACCCGAGUUUGUGCCCGACAGAUCGGACCUGUUACUGAAAACGCGUCCAGUCGCGUGUGGUCAUAUGCAGCGGGGUGUGUGCGUAGUUUUUCUGUGGCCACCGAGCAAAAGGAUGAAGCCAGCAUUGCAGUGCGCUCCAAGCAAGCGCAGCAGUUCGACUGGGCCCUGACUAGGCUGGACAGUUCUGUGAGGAGGACCGGUCGUAUUACCAAGACCCUGCUGCUCCGCAUCUUCCAUGAUAUCUGCAGGACAGGCUAUCCCAGUGGUAACCAGGCCCUGUUGCUGCUCCGUAGCUGUGGGUCCCUGCUGCCUGAGGUGCCUCUGGAAGAACGCACUGAGCUGGCACACCGUGUGUGGGAGAAACUGAAGGAGUUGGGUGCACAGUAUGAUGUGAGCCACUACAAUGCUUUGCUGAAGGUUUACCUGCAGAAUGAGUUCAAAUUCUCCCCCACUGACUUCCUGGCCAAGAUGGAAGCGGCUAAUAUCCAGCCCAACAGAGUUACCUACCAGAGGCUCAUCGCAGCCUACUGCCAAAAUGGAGAUAUUGAAGGAGCCAGCACUAUAUUGGGUUUCAUGAAGAGUAAAGACUUGCCCAUCACUGAAGCUGUGUUCAGCUCGUUGGUGACAGGUCAUGCUCGUGCAGGUGACAUCGAGAGUGCUAAGAACAUCUUGUCUGUGAUGCAUGGAGCAGGAAUUGAACCGGGUCCUGACACUUAUGUGUCGCUGUUGAACGCAUAUGCUGAGAAGGGCGAUCUGGAAAACAUGAAAAAGACUCUGGAGGCGGCAGAGAGUGCAGACUGCAGUCUGAUGGACCGGGACAUCAUGCAGGUCAUCUUCACGCUGGCCAAGUCCAAACACCAGCAGCACAUCCCAGAGAUGGUCGAGCGCUUGAGGCAUGAGAGGGGUUACGUUCCAGAUGCCAUGAACUUGUGUCUGAGCCUGAUAACUCAGGGACAGGAGGACACAGCUUUUCACAUCUUGAAGACGUUUCCCACACUGCAGUCUGAUAACUCAAGUGACUCUGCCAACCUGGGCAACUUCUUCCUCCGACAUUGCAUCAACAUGGAUACGUCUCUGGAGAAGAUCAUCUCCUUCUGCAAAGAGCUCCAAGAGUCAAAUAUGCACACAUCACCACUCAGCUUCACUCUGUCCUGCGCCCUGGAGGCCAAGAAAACUGGUACUUCUUUAGAGCUGAUGAAAUUAUUUAAAGAGGAGAAGUUGCCCGUAAGGCCUCACUUCUUCUGGCCCCUUCUCACUCAGCACGACAAAGACAAGAACAUAGCUGGUGUUGUAGAGGUGAUGAAAGGCAUGCAGGAUCUCGAUGUUUCCCCUGAUGUCGAGACUUUAUCCAACUACAUCCUCCCUGUGUUCCCCAGCAUUGAUGCAGCUCGACAAGCCCUCAAGGAUGCAGGCAUCUCUACGGAGUCGGAGGGCUUUUUAUGCUCAGAGAUGCGCUUGGUGGCUGUGACCGACCUGGCCAAACUCUACACUCUGUUGUCGGAUCCUUCCUUCCCCUCGCUGGACCUCGGUGUUUUCCGCAGCAGCCUCGUUCUGGGCUUCAAAAAGUCUACUGAUGUGGAGAGCAUGGUGAAGAUUACUGAGGUCUUAUACAAAGAUGAACGCUUCUCUAAAGGAAACUCUCCCCCUGCUGAAGCUACAGCCUACUUCCUGUAUAAUCUGAUCGACAGCAUGUCAGAAGGGCAGGUGCGGGCGCAAGAAGACAAACUGCGGAAAUUCUUCAGUCAGCUGCAGUCUAAGAAUAUAAUGAUUUCAGUAAAGCUCUAUCGAGGGAUAAGGAACCUUCUGGAUUCCUGCCACGUUCCUGAGCUUGUCAAGGAUGUGAUGGCUUUGGUAGACCCCAAAGAGAAAGUCUCCAAUGGCCCUGUGUCAGCUACUCCUCGUGCCACUGGAAUUGAGGGCAAGGUGUCGGCACUUGAGAAUAAAUUGGCUGAACUGAAAGCGGAGAACAAACCCUUAGGAAUUGCUCUCAAACAGGCCAUCCAGGCUCUGAGUGCUGAGGAGAACCUGCAGCGUGCCCUCGAGCUGAAGCAGCAGCACGAAGAGGAGAUGACAGCCAGCGGCUACGCCAUCCUCAUCAACCUGUGCUGUCGCCAAAACAAUGUGGAGGAAGCACUGAACCUGAAGAGAGAAUUGAGUCGUAAGGACUCAUCAGUAGCAUUGGAUGCCAACAAAUACCUUGCGCUGGUCAAGGUCCUCUCUGUAAAUGGCAGAAUGGAGGAGGCAGUGGACAUCCUGAAGGAGAUGAAAGAGAAGGAUGUGCCGAUGAACGACACACUCGUGACCACCCUGUUUCACACGCUCAAUGCUGUAGCGGCCGCAGGGGAUAUCCCUUCCAUCCGCCGACUGCAGGACACGGUCUUUACCCUCGGUCUAGUCAAGCCCACUGCCAAUCUCUGCUCCCCUGUGGUUACUGCCUACCUGGUCAGUAAGGACGUGUCCGGAGCUCUCGAAGCGGCACUCGAGUGUCAGAAGCGCUACAACCACCUGCCUCGCAUCCACGACAUUAUUGUUGCUCUGGUGGAGAAAGGAGAGACUGAGUUACUGCAGAAAGCCAUGGACUUUGUGAGCCAGGAGCGAGGAGAGAUGACCAUGCUCUAUGACCUGUUCUUCGCAUUCCUGCAGACAGGCCGCUACCGCGAGGCCCGGAAAAUCAUCGAGACCCCUGGGCUGAGGGCAAAGCCUGGACGCUUGCAGUGGUAUGCAGAGAAAUGCAUUUUAAAUAACCAGAUAGAGGCCUUGGAGCAGAUGGUGGACAUGACAGCCAAGCUGUUUGAGUGCGACAGAGAUGAGAUGUACAAUUAUAUCCUCCGGCUCUGCAAGGAGACCAACAAUUGGCAGAGGGCAGAAGCCAUGUGGACGAAGAUGCAGGAGGAGAACGUUGUUCCCAGGGAGAGGACUCUGCGUUUACUGGCAGACAUCCUGAAGAGAAAUGGCCAGGAGGUCCCUUUCGAGGUACCGGAGACCUGGUACCAGCAAGCUGCCACCACACAGCAGGUCAAGUUCGCAACAACCCCCACUGCAACUGAAAGUGUUAGUGAUUACCAGGUCCGUCUGUUGGCCCUCUGUAAGAAGGGCAAGGCCAAAGAUGCAUUUGGGAUGCUAAAGGAAGCAGACAAAAAAGGUGUGGCACUAGGCCCCUCCCCCUACGACCACCUGAUUCGUGCUCUGUUGGCCGAGGGAUCUAUGGAUGAAGCCAUGGCAGUCAAGGACAUUGCUGAAACUCGGGUGCCAGGUUUCAAGCUGACUGAUAUUGCCAGCAGUUUACUCAUCAUCACACAAAGCAAGAAAGGCCAGGUCAAAGAGGCUCUUGAGAGACUGAAGUCUAUGCUUCAGUUGGACCAUGUGCCCUCGCAUCUUGCCAUCACCAGGCUGGUUCAGGCUCUGGGUAGUCAAGGCGACGUGGAGGGGAUCCAGGAAGUGGAAUCAUUAAUAAAGAGCCUUGGUACAAGCCCCAACCUGUCCAGCAUGGUGUUUGUCAACAACACUGCCCUGGCACACAUCAAAAAUGGUGAUGUGUCGUCUGCAGUAGAGUUGCUGGAGGGAAUCUACACCAGUCCAGACAGCACAAACCCCAGCAUAUCCUUCGUCUUUAGAAAGGUUCUGGAAGCUGGGAAUGACCAUGCCAUGGACAAGUUGAGCGCUAUGGCCGAGCGGCUAGCCAACCACUUUGCCUGCUACAGACCAGCUUCAGACCUCUUCCUCCAGCUGCUGGAUAUGGACAAAGUGGAGGACGCCAAAUUCAUGCUGGCUCGUUGCAAUGCUUUGGCUGAACAGAAGGAAGUGCUGCUGUCCUUUGUAACCCAAAAGGCUCAGACACCUGGGCAGGUGGGUAAGAUCAAGAACCUGCUCAGCUUGAUUCCAGACUUUGCGGAGAAGGAACUGCUGUACCCAUACCUGAUGAAAUGUCACGUUUUGGAUAAGGACUUACCAGCAGCCAAGGCUUUGCAUGAGCAGAUGCAGAAGGAGGGGAUAGUUGUAGACGAGCUGUCACUCAAACGUCUGGCUGUGCUUUACCGCGAAGCAGGAGAGACGGUGCCCUUCCCCGAGCCCCCCGAGUCCUUUAAGUUUUAUGCAGACAAGCUGAGAGCUGCCAAAGCCCAGGCGACAGCGGAGGAAUAAAGAUUAAUCAUCCUCUCCUCAUACCUCAUUGCAAAUCCCACCAUUUUCUUCCUUUCCUUCUUUUUUUUUUUAAUGAGUUGUUCAAUCUGAAAUGUUGAGUGUUGUGUUGUAACUUUUGGAUGCUGAGAUUCUGUCCACUGCAGUAUCAAUACUGUUGAUCACUGCUGAACAUGUUGCGAAUGUACAGAAGUAUUUAUGCUAAUAAACGAUGGUAGGAACCCAGA